CGAUGACAGCUGCUUGGUCCUAGUGAUCAUGACUUAGCCGCAAGAAGCUGUACUGAAACGACGUUAGGAAGUUCAGAAUGAAGUAAGCUAUUAGCGAAUCUUUUUGGCGAUUCUUUUAUGUAAGUUGUCCUUGUGGCAACAUAUGUGUAAGGACUAUGAUUGAAAACGAAAACGAGUGCAGACAACUUGUGUAGGCUACUGCUGUGACGGCGAAUCUAUAUUUUAGCAAAAAUGUUGAAUAGUUACUUCGAACCAGUGCUGAAUUUAAAAAGUGAACUUACAUACUAGAAAGAAACCGCACGAGAUACUUUCUUUUAACUUAACUAUUCGUUUUGGAGGCAAAUUUGGCUUACAAAUAAGUUGCGCGUUUUUAGUGUUUUUUCAUUAAAAUGUUUUUACAAUGCAGGAUGACUAUCAGCAGAACACUGGCGAUGCAUGUGUGGAAAUAAAGCGUUGUAAAAUAUGCCCACCUAUAAAGCCGUUAGCAAAUUAAUUUACAACAAAUUAAAAGAAAAACGCCGACCAUAUAACGGAAAUAUAUCGAGGAAACAAUUGAUGUUUGUGCUGAAGCAAUGUAAAUGAGUAUAUUUGUAUAGGCAGAUUUUUUAAGGCAGUUUUGCAGACAGGAGUCAUGCAGCAGGAGCACUUGUUCAAGGUUCUCGUGAUCGGGGACCUUGGAGUCGGUAAGACUUCAAUAAUCAAGCGCUAUGUCCACCAAAUCUUCUCUCAACACUAUCGUGCUACCAUUGGAGUCGACUUUGCGUUAAAAGUCUUAAACUGGGAUCAUCAAACCGUCAUCCGCCUACAGCUGUGGGACAUCGCUGGACAAGAACGCUAUGGAAACAUGACGCGGGUGUAUUACCGCGAGGCGGUGGGUGCACUCGUGGUGUUCGACGUGACACGUGCCUCCACCUUUGAGGCGGUGCUCAAGUGGAAGGAUGAUCUCGACACCAAGGUCACCCUGGGCAAUGGCAGACCUGUCCCUGCUGUGCUCUUGGCCAAUAAGUCUGACCAAUCACGCGAAGGCCUGUGCUCACAGCUGCCCAAGCUGGACACAUUUUGCAGGGAUAAUGGCUUUGUGGGCUGGUUCGAGACCUCUGCUAAGGAGAACACAAACAUUGACGCCGCAGCCAGGUGUCUGGUGGAGAACAUCUUGGCGAACGAAGAGAGCGCAGGCGUGGACUCGGACCCUGAUGUUCUGGUCCUCCCUGGCCUCAAUAACAACACCAAAGAGCGGGGUCAUUCUGGCUGUGGCACCUGCCCCAAGUUCUAACCACAGGAGAGGAGUGACUUGGGAAGGGCAUGCAAAAUGGGUGACAGUGGGAAAGAACGCAAAAGAAAAGUUGAGAUGGGGAGAGGGAGAGCGAAAGAAUGCAAAUGCUUGAGUGUAUGUGCGUGCUUGAAAGUUCUGUGCUUUCAUUAUGUAGAUUGUUAAACACUGUAUAGCUGUAUCUUUUCUGUCAAAUGUAAAAACAAAUGGCAAUCACUGAGAUUUUAAAAAGAGAAUACGUGGGACAAGCAAAGAUGGAUUAGACCGGAGCUUUCUGUUGCCAUGGUAAUACUGGCUGACAGUUGCUAUUACAUCUUAUGAAUUUCAAGGUCUUUGCCUCCAUGGUGUAUUUUGAUCAUUUGAGCAUGAACAUCAAAAAGAAGAAGAUUUUUUUUGCCACCUCAAAAGAAGGGCUAGCAGAUGCUGACAAAAAGCAAGCUAUCGCAGGUUUGGGGCAUUUCAGAUCAUGGUGUGCCAAUCAAGCUUAGGAAUGCACCUCCCUGGAAACAAGACGUUAGAGAGGGCUGAAUAAUGGUCAAAACACUGACGUCGUCUGUGCCUAAUGCAGCUGAAUGGCUGAAACGGUGAGGACGAGAAGCUCAUAAGAGUGGAUCCGUGUAUAAUGUGAACGACAUGACCUCAGACACAAGGCUGUUACUGCAGCACGUGAAACAAAACCCCAUCUCUUCCCAAAUACUGGCUCUAAUUGUAUUUCUCUUCACGUGAAAGAUAGCAUUUAGAUUCCUGUGUGAAUUGAUGGAAGACUAUUAUUGCUCUCUUGCUUUUAUAUUUAGAGUCAUUGUCUCUUUUCACUGCUUUCCUUUCCCUAUCUUGCUGCCUUGCCAUUGCAGUUUUAUGCAGGGAAGAAAGAUCCUAAGUUAGUAGUUUGUGAUGGUAUCUAGAAGGCCUUUUAAAUAUACUGAUGUUUUUAUCGUAAGUCUCUAUGGGUGCUUGAAAGGACCUAUUAAAUAUUGAGGGGUGGAAAGCCAUGUAAGCCAAUUUUGGGAAGGAAGAGUUGUUUGUGUGAAAGACUUGACCCCCUGUGUAUAGGGGGGCACUAAUGGAAGUCUAACCUGUUUUGAUAGCCUUGUGUCAUAAUGCUGUCAAUACUGAAACAAUAAACAUGAACAUGCUUUAGCAUGUCAUCUGCGGUUGGUCAAACGAA